GAUCGAUUUGUAUAUAUAUAUAUAUAUAUAUAAGAACAUAUAUAAAAAUGAAAACAAUAAUCAGUAUAUUAAAAAUCAUUUUUUUUCUGAUAAAUUUGCAGAAUUUCUCUGCAAGAUGUGCUGUUCCUACAGAUGCAAUUCACUACAUAGAACCGGGAAAAGUCAUUGUAAAUGAUAAACCAGGAUUGCAAGUAUUCUGUCAUAGAGCAAAGUCAAAAUAUGUAAUAAACAUGUGGAAAACAAUAACGAUGAAUUUAGAUAUUAACCUGGACACAUAUGAUUUAUAUGAUGGCAAAACGCCUCAAGAAGUUUUUGAAAAACAUGAAAAUAAUCAGCGAUUCUGGAAGUUUAACUUUUUUGGUACAAAAAAACACAAAUUACUUAGAAUUAAUCCAUUUGAAACUACUUGUAUUGGUGUUUAUAUUUAUGAAUAUGAUGGAUUACGAUAUACUAUUAGUAUGACUCAAGCACGUGUAGAUAUUGGGGAAGUACUAAUGGCUGUGGUAGGAGUUAUAUUAUUUUGGUCAGCUAGAAAACUGAGUCAUAAUCCUUUAUUCUACUAUUUAUGUGGCAUUAGUCUUGGAGUUACAGCUUCUCUUUUAGUUUUAAUAUAUUUUACUAGUAAAUUAUUUCCACGUGGAAAAUUUAUGUACUUAAUGGUUGCUACUGGUUGGUCAAUGUCUUUUUACCUUGGUCAAAUAUUAUGGGAAAACGCACAAUUGAUAGUAUCACAGUACAUAGAAUAUGUUAUGUGGUAUAUUCUAAUAACUUCACUAAUCAGUUUUCUUAUUUGUUACCGUUUUGGUCCAGUUACUAAUAAGAGAACAAAACAGAUUAUACAAUGGUUCUUACAGGGUUUAGGUUUACUAUUAAUUUAUUAUAGCAGUUAUUUCUACGAAGCAACAUUUUUAAACUGCGUAGUACUCGUUCUUUUGUAUAAUUUUCCAAUUACUACCAUAUACAAAGGAAAACAAUACUGGAAAAAAAUGUUUCCUGAAAGGAGAAAAUUAUUAACAGAUAAUGAAUACCGUAAAGAGGGUAUACAAGAGACUAAAAAGGCUUUAAAAGAUUUACAACAAUACUGUUCUAGCCCUGAAUGUAAUCCAUGGAAAACAGUUUUAAAAUUAAAAGAUCCCAUAAGAUUCGCAAAAUUUAUCGAAGGAGAUUCACAUUUGUCUGACGAAGAAAUAAAAGAACAUGAUGCGGAAAUUACAAGAAUCGUUGAAGAGUACGAAUAUACGGACGAUGAUGAUUUUUGACAUAGUCUUUUCUUUAUAUAUAUGUGUACAUAUAUAUAUAUAAAAUAUAUAUAAUAUAUAUAUAUAUAUAUAUAUAUUUAUAUAUAUAUAUAUAUAUAUAUAUAUAUACAUAUAAAAGAAGAAUACAAUCACGUGGUUGAAGCAAGUACGAAAUGAGACUGAUUUUGUCACAACGACAGAACGUUUAUAUAAAUAAAAAAAUAAGCGUUCGAGACGAGCUAGACAGAAAAAAACAAAUAGAUAAUAUUAAGUUAUUAUUCAUGCCUUUAAUUUACUCAUUUAAAAAUUAUUCAUCCAAUUUUAAAAAACGUAUUAUAUGUUCUUCUACAAUUAUGCACUUCAGAAUUUCCAGCUGAAGUACUGCAUUUAUGAAGAGAUCAUAAUUGAAUGAAAUUUCAUUUCACUAGAAAUUCUCUAUUGUUCUCAGAUGCAUUUACAUGUCGAACAAUAUGAGUCUACGAAUUAGAACCUCAAUGAUAUUAUGCUCCUUAAAUGGACUACACAUAGUGAUUUAUAAAGAUUCGCAUAUGAAUAUUCAUAUUUGUCUUUUCUAAUCUGUACUAUGAAAUUGUUGCGUUAUUUGUUUAGUCGUUAUCACGAUAGGAUGAGAGUAUAAUUUUGUAAAAAAAAAUAAAAAAAAAAAAAAAUAAAAAAAGAAUAAACAAACAAAAAAGAUUAGAAAAAAAGAAAAAACAUUUUUUUAAUGAGACGAACAAUAAAAAUAUUUAUUCCAUUCACUGUCGUGUAUGAUCGAUUCAAACAACCCGACUGAAACAAUGCACGAUAGAGAAAGAGAGAUAUCGUUUGUUGGCAAACUUUUGAACGAACUACUACGUCCAAGCAUCGAAAUACUUUUCUCCACGAUUUGGAAUCAUAACGAGACUUCCCUCGAAGCGGUAUGGAAGCAUUGUUUAUCAUCGUAUGCCGUCGACAACGAAAACGUCGUGAGAAAGCCUAGCUGGAUUCCCCAGGGAGUCGAGAUUUUUAACGUUCCUCUUCGUCCUAUGCUGUCUAUCCAAAUAGCAAGCUGUUGGAAGAAAAACGGAACAGAGGAAACGCUUUGUCGUGAAGACUAGGAUGUGGAUGUAUACGACGACCACGCGACGGAGUUUGCUACAGAAGUGUAGAAACAUCACGACGAGCUAGGUACGCUGCUACCCUGCGGUUCGUUUGUUUCUACAGUUUUUUUAUCUCCCUCUCUUUCUU